UAAAGGUACUGUGGAGAAGUCAUAGUUAUUGUGUUUAAUUUUUGUCUGUUGGAGUGUGUAUUUGUGUUUUAGUUAACAGUAGCCAUUUUGGAACAUGAGUAAAGCAGCGGACAUUUUGUUUCAUUUCACAGUGGUUGGGUUGCCAUGGAGAUGAAGCUGGUUAGCUCAUGAGAGAGAAGUGGGCGGAGCCAAGGAAAGGAGAGCGGUUUUUUUAAAAAAAGAAGAGAAGCCAGUUCAGUUGGGAGUUGAGAGUUGGGAGUUGAGAGUUGGGAGUUGAGAGGGGAGAGUGUGUGGGAGAGAAGGAGAGGGUGUGUGUGUGCAUGGCUGUAGGCUUGUUCAGUCAGAAAGUACUGAAAAGAUAGGCCUGGCACAGAAACCUUUAGUCAGGACAGACUAAAGGGAAUCUAGUAAGAUCUCUAGUGGGGAAAAAUCUAGGGAUCUGAGAUUUGAUCGGUAUUGGAUCAAAUUAUUAGUCUUAUUGUAGUGGGGACAUUGUCCACGAAGGAACUCGACUGUGGUUAGGGUUCGCUACAAUUUGGUAACAUCAGUAAGAAAGUGGAAGAAGAUUUACACCAAAGUCUACGGUUAUAGAGUUAUUAAGCCACUUGUCUAUUUAGAGUUAUAUAAGUUAUUCAACCAAACCCGCAACUAAGCUUUGUACAAAUAAAUUUGUUGUUAUUUGUUAAUAUCUGUCUCAUCUCAUUCCAUUUGCGUCUGUGGAGCUAAGUUUCAUCAGUAUUAAUUCAAAAAAAAAAAAACCUCACAUUGGUGGCAGUUAAUUGAAUAAAUCACACACACAGUAUAUAAUUGGUGGCAGCGUAUAGAGAUUUAGUGUAACACUUAAGUUUAGUUUACAUCAUUUCAAAUUGGUGAUAGGGGUGGGAUCUGAAAGUAUUCCCCUCUGUCUGACACCUUUUUCACAUUGGUGGCAGUGGCGGGAUUCGUGUAACAUCCCUGAUUUAGUGCCUUAAGAUCGCUUAUAGAAGAAAACCGUGAGGUAAAAUUUGACAAAAAUGGCCACUAGACGACAGAAAAAGGUUGCUGAAGAAGAAGGUGCAUUUCAGGAAGAGAGUUCAGAUUCUGAACAAACACCAGUGUCAGAAAUGACUCUUAAAUAUAGACUGGAGAUGAGAAAGUUACAAAUGGAGGAAAGAGAAAAAGAAAAAGAAAGAGAAUUGAGGAGAGAGUUGGAAUUAAGAAGAUUGGAGAUUGAAUUGGAAAAACAGAGGUUAACACUAUCUCAACCACAUAUCAAUACCCAGGAAGGGAAUUCUAGAGCUGAGGCAUCAGACAUGAUUCUGAAGAGAUUCCCUAGGUAUAAUAAAGACGAUGAUGUGGAAAAGUUUUUAAUUUCAUUUGAAAGGUGCUGUAAGGAUUUUGAAGUUAGUGAGGAGAAGUAGAUGAUUUAUUUGAGACCUCAGAUUAGCGGGAAACUUUUAGAGAUCUAUGGGGACAUGUCUGAGGAGACCCAUAGGGAUUAUAAAUUAUUCAAGCAACAGGUGCAGCAAAAACUCCAACUAACACCUGAGUUUUAUAGAUUAAAAUUCAGAACACUGAAGAGAGAAAGAAAUCAAAGUUUCGCUCAGGUGGCAUCCAAGCAAGCACAAUAUUUUGACAGUUGGGUGCGAACAUCUGAGGUAGAUAAUUAUCAACAAUUGAGGGAGUUAAUGAAAUUAGAACAAUUAUUUCAGCUGGUGCCCUCAGAAUAUCGUUGGCUAGUGCAGGAUCGAAGACCAGCGACAGCAGGGGAAGCGGCUGUCAUGGUAGAUCAAUUGAUCACACUGAAAGAAGGAUUUAGGAAAGAUGAGGGACCAAGUGAUAAAAAGCAGUUUAAGCUGCCAUAUUAUCAUUCCCAAGUACGAACGCAGCAGGGGAGAGGGCCUGCAGGAGAAAACACCACCUGGAGGAGGCAGGAGGUAACAGGUCAAGUCAAACCUGAAGAGAAAAUGAAGUGUUUUCGGUGUGGAAAGCUGGGACACUUAAGAUAUCAGUGUAACCUUUUUAAAAAGGACAAGACUUCUUUCUUUGUAAAUAAAGUAGCAGUGGAAACCAAGGCAGAAUUAGAUACUAAGUCUAAAAGCAGCCCUGAAGUAGUGCCCAAAGAGAAACAAUGUUUGUUUAUUUUAUCAAAUAGACCAUCCGAAGACUAUUUAGAGUAUAUUUCUGUUGACAGUAAGAAUAUCCAGGGAUGGAGGGAUACUGGGUCGGAUGUUUGCAUCAUACGUCCAGAAGCAGUACCUCAGAAAUAUCAACAUCCUACCUCAGUAAUUAAUUUAAAAGGCUUAGGUCCUGUAAUACCAACCCAGGUAGUUUCAUUAUCAAUUGAAUACAAUGGUUGGAAAGGAAUUUGGGACUUUGCCAUCAGUUCAGAUAUACCUUAUAAAUGUUUAAUCGGUAACGACCUGGCUAAGGAAGUUAAGAACUGGCAGAAGUUAUGUGAGGAAGAUGAAGAUAACUUCGAAGGCCCUACUCAGGAAGCAAUAUGCUUGCCAAUUCAUCAGGAUGUAGGAGAGGAUCCAGAAUCCAGUUCUAUAAUUACUGAGAUUGUUAACAAGACAGAGGGAGUUAGAGAAAUUCUGCAAGAACAAAAGGCAGAUGAAACCUUAAAACCCUUGUUUAAACAAGCUGAGAAUACACUAGAGUCAGCAGAAGAACAACCCUCUAGAUUCAUUACUAAAGAUGGCGUGCUAUAUAGAGAGAGUAAAAGUCUAAAGACAGCAGGAGAGUCAGAGGUGCAUACCCAAAUUGUAGUGCCAGAGAAAUUCAGAGAACAACUCAUGAGGGUGGCACAUGAUAGCCCUCAGGGAGGCCAUUUGGGUAUCAGAAAAACAACUAAAAGAAUUACAAAGAACUUUUAUUGGCCUGGCAUGUUCCAGAAAAUAAAAGAAUUUUGCCGGUCAUGUGACACCUGCCAAAGACUGAGUACCGGGAGGGAUAAGAUCAAAGCUCCUCUAAUCCCUAUGCCUGUAAUUGGAGAGCCAUUUUACAGAGUGGGAAUCGACAUAGUUGGUCCUCUUUGUAAACCAAGCAAAAGGGGUUAUAAGUACAUACUAACUAUGAUCGACUAUGCUACAAGAUACCCGGAAGCAGUAGCUCUCACCAACAUCGAGACCUCAACCAUAGCUAAUGCUUUGUUAUCCAUUUGGGGAAGAACUGGAUAUCCCAAAGAAUUAGUAUCUGACUUAGGGACCCAGUUUACCUCGAAACUUAUGAAGAGACUACUUGAGUUAUGCGGCAUCAGGCAUCUUACAUCGACGGCCUACCACCCACAAACAAAUGGGUUGGUCGAAAAUCUAAAUAAGACUCUAAUUAAAAUGAUAAAGUCUUAUAGCCAACAGAGACCGCAUGAUUGGGACAUUAAGCUUCAACAACUAUUAUUUGCAUACAGAUCAGUCCCCCAGGAUAGUACAGGCUACAGCCCUUUCGAACUGUUGUAUGGAAGAAAGGCUCGAGGACCGUUAGAUUUGGUUAAGGAGUACUGGGAGGCGAGCCCAGCAGCAGAGCCGGUUCCAGUGGCUGAUUAUCUACGAGAUCUACAGUCAACAAUGCAGUUAGCCAAGGACAUCACACAUGAGCAUCUGACCGCAGCACAACAACGGCAGAAAGACUAUUACGACGCAACAUCUAAGGCGAGAAACUUCAACAUUGGAGAUGAGGUCCUGUUUUUGUCACCUAACAGAACCAACAAACUUCAAAUGGAUUGGUCAGGACCCUGGAGAGUCACCAAGAAGCACAACCAAGUGAACUAUGACAUCUAUAAUGAACAAUUAAAUGUCGAAAGGAGAGUCCAUGUAAAUAUGUUGAAACCUUAUGUUUGGAGAUCGGCUAAUGUGUAUAUAGUAGUGUCAGAAGAUGAGUCCGGUCCCUUUACUUUUUGGGAAGGUGAUCGAGAGCUAUAUAAAAAUUUGGAUCAAGUAGAUAUAAGUAAAGAGUUAACCCAAUCUCAACGGGAGGAGAUUGUGGGAGUUUUAAAUAAAUAUAGUAAAAUGUUUUCUGAUUUACCAGGAAGGGUCCAAGGGGUACAGCAUCAAAUUAAUACCAAUGAUGCAGCUCCUAUAGCUUCCCCUCCGUUCCGAGUGACUGGGAAUAUCAAUGAGUGUAUCGAGAGGGAGGUGAAAGAGAUGUUGGACCUGGGCAUUAUUGUGCCAUCGAAUAGUCCCUGGGCUUCACCUAUUGUGCUGGUUCAGAAGCCAGAUAAAACUAUUAGGUUUUGUAUAGAUUAUCGACUUCUGAACAAGGUGACCCAAACUGAUACAUAUCCAAUGCCACGAUUGGAUGACCUAUUGGAAAGGAUCGGGAGAGCUCAGUUUAUCAGCAGUAUAGACCUUACUAAGGGAUUCUGGCAAGUGCCCAUGGCACCACAAGACCAGCCUAAGACAGCAUUUCGUACGCAAGGUGGGCUUUACGAAUUCUCAGUGUUACCUUUUGGACUAAAAAACAGCCCCGCAACAUUUCAAAGAUUGGUUGACAAGGUCCUUAGUGGCCUAGGAAACUUUUGUGUGGCCUACAUGGAUGAUAUAGGAAUUUUUAGCAAUUCGUGGGAGGAUCACCUAAAGCAUUUGGAUAUAGUAUUGGGCAGAUUAAAGGAAGCUGGCUUAACCAUCAAAGCUUCCAAAUGUAAAUUGGGAAAAAACACCACAAAAUAUUUAGGGCAUUUAGUAGGAGGAGGUUGUAUUCGACCAGACCCUACUAAAGUGAAAGCUAUUCACCAGUGGCCAGUGCCCAAAACGAAAAAACAGGUUAGAUCAUUCCUCGGAUUGGCUGGAUAUUAUCGAAAAUUUAUUCCCUCCUUUAGUAAUCUGGCAGCCCCUUUAUUGGACCUGACCAAAAAGAAGAACCCUAAUAAAAUAAUCUGGACUCCAAAUUGUCAAACAUCCAUGGAUCGGUUGAAACAGGCCAUUACAUCAGAUUCUGUCUUGAAAGCCCCAGAUUUCGAUGAACCCUUCAUUUUGACUUGCGACGCGUCUGACAUUGGGUUAGGAGCUGUCCUAAGUCAAAUUGAUAAGGAAGGUGAGGACAGACCUAUUUUAUUUUUAAGUAAGAAGUGGCAUUCCCACGAAUGCAGUAUGUCCACCAUUGAAAAGGAGUGUUACUCCAUAAUUUGGUCAAUAAGGAAACUCAAACCUUAUUUAUGGGGAAGGAAAUUCACCCUACAAACCGACCAUGCACCAUUGAAAUGGUUGGAUAAUGUAAAAGGAACAAAUAAUAAACUGUUACGGUGGAGUUUGUCAUUACAAGAUUUCACAUACGAAAUCAAACAUGUCACAGGUAAAAGAAAUGUUGUUGCUGAUGCACUGUCUAGAGUGUCUUGAAAAGUUAAAGGUUUUAUUUAUGGUUUAUUCAAUGUAUUUAAUCAUAAUAAGUUUGUGUUACAGUAAUGUGUUUAUAUAUAUAUAUAUAUUGUUAUGCAAUUUUUAAAUUAUUUUUGCCCAUUCUGGGAUUCUAAAUGGCCAAAAAUAAUCUUCUUUGGGUGGAAGGUGUGGAGAAGUCAUAGUUAUUGUGUUUAAUUUUUGUCUGUUGGAGUGUGUAUUUGUGUUUUAGUUAACAGUAGCCAUUUUGGAACAUGAGUAAAGCAGCGGACAUUUUGUUUCAUUUCACAGUGGUUGGGUUGCCAUGGAGAUGAAGCUGGUUAGCUCAUGAGAGAGAAGUGGGCGGAGCCAAGGAAAGGAGAGCGGUUUUUUUAAAAAAAGAAGAGAAGCCAGUUCAGUUGGGAGUUGAGAGUUGGGAGUUGAGAGUUGGGAGUUGAGAGGGGAGAGUGUGUGGGAGAGAAGGAGAGGGUGUGUGUGUGCAUGGCUGUAGGCUUGUUCAGUCAGAAAGUACUGAAAAGAUAGGCCUGGCACAGAAACCUUUAGUCAGGACAGACUAAAGGGAAUCUAGUAAGAUCUCUAGUGGGGAAAAAUAUAGGGAUCUGAGAUUUGAUCGGUAUUGGAUCAAAUUAUUAGUCUUAUUGUAGUGGGGACAUUGUCCACGAAGGAACUCGACUGUGGUUAGGGUUCGCUACAAUUUGGUAACAUCAGUAAGAAAGUGGAAGAAGAUUUACACCAAAGUCUACGGUUAUAGAGUUAUUAAGCCACUUGUCUAUUUAGAGUUAUAUAAGUUAUUCA